AUGGCACGCUCAAAUGCUGAGAUCACGGUUUUGAAGAAGACCUUUAGUGAAAAGUACGGCAAAGAUCUUGUGAAAUGUCUGAGUGCCGAUCUCAGUGGUGGCUUGAAAAAAAUGAUCAUUGCAGCGCUGAAGGGAAGCGUCCCUUCUUUUGAUCCUACUGUGUUCACAAAUGAAAAAGCUGUCACGGACGCCGAUUUGUUAUUCAAGGCCGGAGAAGGGAAGUGGGGCACUGACAGAGAAACCUUUAUUCGUGUGGUUUUCUCUAGUCCUUAUGAGCACCUGCGCAACAUUGAUAUCGCUUACUCAAGGAAAUACAAAAAGUCGAACAUCGUCAAGGCUAUCAAAGCUGAGUUCAAGGGCGACGCCCAGAGGGCAUUGCUAUUUCACGUUCGGAUGGUAUUUGAGCCUUUUGAGCUUUUGGCCGAACUUUUCGAAAGCACAAUGAAGGGCCUGGGCACGGACGAGUACGGACUUAGUGCUGCAGUGGUGCGAUAUCAAACCAUUAUCCCUGAUAUCAAGGUCGCGUACAAUAAGUUAUAUGGAAGGAACCUGAGUGAUCGCAUUCGCGGCGAUACCAGUGGCGAGUACCGCGAUUUGCUGCUCGCGAUUGUUGACCGCCGUUAG